AUGACUUCAUCUGGGGUUGUGGCGAACAGGGAUGAGGUCAAGAUCCAAGGAUACACCAUCCAAAUGGCCCAAGAAUCAGGUUCCAGCGGUGGUAACAGCAGUUCCAAUCAUCCAACAUCCUCUGUCUCCGGCGGCACGAGUGCCACACCUACACCCGCCAAUAAUGUAGGUGACGGUUCUGGUUGGGGAGACAAGCCCUGGCUGUCAGGCAAAAAUGAAGGACUAGGUCAUGCAGAUGCAACCGACGCCAGAUCAACGAUGGGUUCAUUCCUCGGUCUAAAUGACCAGAAAGCUCGCGCCGAGAGCAAAUAUCUUCAGCGAGCGGGCUUGGCUGGUGAUGGUUCUAAACCUACGAAUGAUCAUGGAGAGCCGACGUGUGCCAGUGAGGAUCAUUCUUUUAUGGGUCGGAAGCCUGGUGAUGCAGAUUGUUUGCCUGGUUGGGAUACUAUCAAAAAUUUGACUGGCUGGUGA